AUGAGCCAAGAAAUAAUAGCGGAGAGAAAGCGCCAGGAGCUUGCGAACCCAAUUCUCCCAAUGCCCUCAUCUUCCACUCCGCCAGUGCAAAUUAAAUCCGGAAUGCUAACAAAGAAUGUUGUCAUUUCAGGAAUUCUUAAAGGUCCUGCUAGCCCGAAGGCCAAUAAACGAGUCUCCUUUUCUGGGUUUAGAAAAGUCAGGUAUUUCCUUUCACCUGAGAAAAGGCGAUUGACUGCUCACGAUUUACCACCUUCCAUCCUUGGCGCAAUGUCCGACCCCACGAGCUCAGGUAAUAAAGAACCCGAAACCAAAAGUGCUAAAGAACUGGAGAUCUUGACUGAAAGUGCUGCAGAGCACAAUCGACGAACCCCUAAAAUGUGUGCUGAAGCUGAAGCGAAAGCAGAUACGAGUAGCGAUCGAACUCGCUUUAACGUCCAAGAUCACUCCACGUGUGAGAAUUCCACGGUGUGUAUUUCACUUUCUUUUCCCUUUGCAACUUUAUUUGCACAAAAAUUUGACUCAAAUUGUCCUUAA